AUUCUUGUUAGUUGCAUUAGGUAGAAGGAGUGCCAAACCUCAAGUGACAUAACCCCGAAGUUCUCUGGCAGUGACUAAUAGUGUUCUAAUUCCUUGUAACUAUAGACGGAAAUUUAUACGAGCUAACACACAAUUAUGGCAAAGAGAAAAGAAGUUAUCUUACAGGAAACAUUAAAUACGCAGGAAGCAUGGGAAGUAGCCAUGAACAGUGGUAAACUAUACGUUGUGGAUGCCCAUCAGAAAUGGUGUGGACCUUGCACCGCAAUAGUGGGUAUGCUGAAAAGAAUAAAGAAUGAACUGGGAGAUGACCUUUUGCGAUUUGCAACGGCACAAGUUGAUGUCAUUGAUACUUUAGAACAAUACCGAGGAAAAUGUGAACCAAACUUUCUGUUUUAUGGGGGCGGUGAAUUGGUGGCCGCUGUACGAGGGUGCAAUGCUCCUCUUGUUCAAGAAACUAUACAAGAAACUCUCAAGAAUGAACACAAAAUAUUAAGUGGGGAGAUGGAACGCAAAGUGUUCAGGGAUGUGUAUAGUGACACACCUGACCAGGAGGAGGAAGAGGAAGAUGAGGAGGAGGAAGAGGGAGGAGUGGUAUCCAAGCAGAUCACUGUGGCACUUAUCAAACCUGAUGUCGUACAGAAUGGACAAGUGGAUGAGAUUUUACAAAAGAUAUCAGAAGCAGGGAUUGAGGUGCUUGCUGAUGAGGAGAGGAUGCUCACUGUAGAGGAGGCCAGAGACUUCUACAAAAACAAAGAGGAAGAGGAAUAUUUCGACCAGUUGAUUGAUUACGUAACAAGUGGUCCAUGUCGGGUACUCGUUCUCACUAAGGGUGAAUCUGGGGAAGGGGUCGUGACCUUAUGGCGGGAUAUCAUUGGUCCGUUUGAUGCGGCAGUUGCUAAAGAGGAAAAUCCUGACAGCUUACGAGCCAUAUACGGCACUGAUGCCACAAGCAACGCACUCCACGGCUCCAGCUCCACGGAAGAGGCGGUCAGGGAGCUCGGAUUUUUCUUCCCGGACUUUAAACCUCCAACAUAUAGAUCGGCGAAGUCAGCAGCAUCUCGAGCAUCUGGAAGAAGAAGCAAAACACCGUCUCAAAAACCUCGGCUUCAGAGGACGCUCGCCAUCAUAAGACCAGAUGCAUUACAGGCCCAUAAAGAUUCAAUACUUCAGAAGAUUGAUGAAGCUGGUUUCAAAAUCGCGAUGCAGAAAGAGAUGGUUCUCACAAGGGAACAGGCAGAGUCGUUCUACAGCGAACACAAGGACACAGAUUACUUUGAACCACUAGUCAAGCAAAUGACGUGCGGUCCUGUCCUUGCAUUGUGUCUUGCACACGAUGAUGCAGUCGAUCAUUGGAGGUCGAUGCUUGGGCCUAAAGUAGUGGCGGAUGCUGUGGAAGAACAACCUGACAGUUUAAGAGCUCAGUUCCGUGUUGAGGAAGCAGAAGUGAACAUGUUGCAUGGAAGCGACUCAGCUGAAGCCGCAGAGGAAGAAUUAUCCAAGAUAUUUCACGUGGAACAAACAUUAGCUGUCAUUAAACCGGAUGCUAUUGAUGAGAAAGAACAAAUCAUGGGGAAACUGAAGGAAGCCGGCUUUAUGAUUUCGUGUCAGAAAGACAUGAAUCUCUCCAAGGAAAUCGCCAGUGAAAUUUAUAAAUCAAAGGAAGGGUCCGAGUAUUAUGAUCACCUUAUAGACCACAUGACCAGCGGUCCAACACUGAUGAUGGUCCUAUCUGCUGAGAAUGCAGUGGAGAAGUUACGAGAUAUAAUGGGACCUACUGAUCCAGAGGUGGCUAAGGAAUCUCAUCCGGAAUCAUUAAGAGCAAUGUUCGCCAAAUCCAUCCUUGAAAACGCCAUCCAUUCACCCUCCACCAACGAGAGUGCCCAGGAAAAAAUUAGAAUUGUUUUCGGGGACGCUCAGUUUGAUUGGGACGGUACAUUACAGGAGAACAGAUCAGACGUGAAUGACAUGCAAGCUGAGGAAGGUGAGGUGAAUGAAACAUCAGGUGAACAACCAACAGAUGAACAAAGUGGGGAAACUGAGAAAACUGAAGAAGAUGGGGAGCAUGAGGGAGCACAAAGUGAUCAACAACAGGCAGUGUCAGGUGAUAGUCAGAGCAGGCCUAACAGUAGUGAAAACGAUAGGCAGUCAAUGGGUAGCAGGGGCUCAAAGGGUAGUAGGGGCUCCAACAGAUCUGGUAAUGAUUCCCGAAAAGGGUCACCAAGGGUUUCAACUAAUGAAGGCCAUUCUCCUGAUGAUAAUAACCACAGCGAUGUGAAAUCUUCUGAAAAUGGUGAAGAUGCUGCUGAAAGUGUUAAGGAUAAUGAUAAUAGGCCACGCAGUGUAAUUGAAGUCACUGGUGACACUGUAGUUAUCAAUGAAAGUGAUGUCCUUGACCGAAAAACUCCCCAGCCUCAAGAUCCCAUACCACCAGAGCCCAAAACCCCCACACCCCCUCCCUCUAAAGCUUCACCCGUACCUGGUUCCACCCAAAGUACCCCAACCAGUCAAAGGGCCAAAUUUACCCCAACACCCCCAAGCGAACCAAAACGUCCUCGUACCCCCCGUAGUCGUUCUAGUAGCAGCAGCAGCAGUUCUAGUUCAGACAGUGAUAAAAGUGAUAGGUAAAAACCCUGUUUCAGUAAUUUUCCAUCGUGCAUUUUUAAGCAAUGGAAAAGGAAGAGUAACAACCAAAACUUCAAAAGAACUUUAUAAACUCAAACUAAAUUCAUAUAUCUUCCAAAUAAAUUGCGCUGCUUUCAAAAGCAAAUGUCGCACUGUGCAUUUUAUAUUGGUGCUUUAACACUGCAAAUUCAUGGCCAAAACUAUUUGAUUUUUCCAUUCGUUGUAACUUGUGCCUUUUAAACUGUUAUUACUGCACUGUAGAUGCACUUUAACCCCACUGUGUAGAUACUUUCGUUUAACGUUCUAUUUUUAAUACGUUUUUAGCAAAAAAAUAUACUGUAUUUUAUGAGAAUAUAUAACUGCACUCCUUCAAAAUAAAA